GUUGCACGAAACUCGAGCGCUGGAGUCCUGAGCCGCCGCUAGCAACGCGGAGUCACCAAGCCCAGAAGACCUGCGAGCGCGAGCAGCGCGCGAGUGAGCUGGACAGGUCCGAUCACCCUGGUAGAGCCGGGCUCCGAUUCUUCCCAAGUUGAGCCUUAGUGAUCCCGUGGCUGAAGUUAGCGCCUUGACAACUGGGCAACCCGACACGUCGCCGGGAGUGAUUUUUUUGGGAGCCUUCUAGCAGUUUUGAUUUCCCAAACCUGUUUCUAGAGACCGGAGACCCUUCAGCCGGGCGGGCCAUCGCUGUUAGCCUUUUUUGUGGCCGCUCGGACUCACCGCUCCCGGUCGCACCACCAGAGCUGUCUGACCGCGCCGCCCUCCUUCCCCGCAAGCGCUCCAGCCUUCGUUUCCCAAGUCGGCGCCGUCGGGCCGUGGCAAAAUGAUCGCCUCGCAUCUGCUCGCCUAUUUCUUCACGGAGCUCAACCAUGACCAAGCGCAGAAGGUUGACCAGUAUCUCUAUCACAUGCGCCUUUCUGAUGAGACCCUUCUGGAGAUCUCUAAGCGGUUCCGAAAGGAGAUGGAGAAAGGGCUUGGAGCUACCACCCACCCCACUGCUUCCGUGAAAAUGCUGCCCACCUUUGUGAGGUCUACUCCAGACGGGACAGAACAUGGAGAGUUCUUGGCUCUGGACCUUGGAGGGACCAACUUUCGUGUGCUUCGGGUGAGAGUCACGGACAAUGGGCUCCAGAAGGUCGAGAUGGAGAACCAGAUCUACGCCAUCCCUGAGGACAUCAUGCGAGGCAGCGGCACUCAGCUGUUUGACCACAUUGCCGAAUGCCUGGCUAACUUCAUGGAUAAGCUACAGAUCAAAGACAAGAAGCUCCCCUUGGGCUUUACCUUCUCGUUCCCCUGCAUCCAGACGAAACUAGACGAGAGUUUCCUGGUCUCAUGGACAAAGGGGUUCAAGUCCAGUGGUGUGGAAGGCAAAGACGUGGUUGCUCUGAUCCGGAAGGCCAUCCAGAGGAGAGGGGACUUUGAUAUUGAUGUUGUGGCUGUGGUGAAUGACACAGUUGGGACCAUGAUGACCUGCGGUUAUGAUGACCAGAACUGCGAGAUUGGUCUCAUUGUGGGCACGGGCAGCAAUGCCUGCUACAUGGAAGAGAUGCGCCACAUUGACACGGUGGAGGGAGACGAGGGGCGGAUGUGCAUCAACAUGGAGUGGGGGGCCUUCGGGGAUGACGGUGUGCUCGAUGACAUCCGCACUGAGUUUGACCGGGAGAUCGACAUGGGCUCCCUGAACCCCGGGAAGCAACUAUUUGAGAAGAUGAUCAGUGGGAUGUACAUGGGGGAACUGGUGAGGCUUAUCCUGGUGAAGAUGGCGAAGGAGGACCUGCUCUUCAGGGGGAAGCUCAGCCCCGGACUCCUCGCCAAGGGCCGCUUUGAGACCAAAGAUAUUUCAGAUAUUGAAGGGGAGAAGGAUGGCAUCCGGAAGGCCCGCGAGGUCCUGGUGCGGCUGGGCAUCGACCCGACACAGGAGGACUGCGCGGCCACUCACCGGAUCUGCCAGAUCGUGUCCACGCGCUCAGCCAACCUGUGCGCGGCCACCCUGGCGGCCGUGCUGCGGCGCAUCAAGGAGAACAAGGGAGAGGAGCGCCUGCGCUCCACCAUCGGGGUGGACGGCUCCGUCUACAAGAAACACCCUCUUUUCGCGAAGCAUCUUCACAAGACCGUGCGGCGCCUGGUGCCUGACUGCGACGUCCGCUUCCUCCGCUCUGAGGAUGGCAGUGGCAAGGGGGCAGCCAUGGUGACAGCAGUGGCCUACCGGCUGGCUUACCAACACCGAGCCCGCCAGAAGACCUUGGAGUCCCUGACACUGAGCCGGAAGCAGCUGCUGGAAGUCAAGGAGAGGAUGAAGCUAGAAAUGGAGCGAGGUCUGCGCAAGGAGACUCACGCCAUCGCCCCUGUCAAGAUGCUGCCCACUUAUGUGUGCGCCACCCCCGACGGCACAGAGAAAGGUGAUUUCCUGGCCUUGGACCUUGGGGGCACCAAUUUCCGAGUGCUGCUGGUGCGCGUGCGGAAUGGGAAGCGGCGCGGAGUGGAGAUGCACAACAAGAUCUACACCAUCCCGCAGGAGGUCAUGCACGGCACAGGCGACGAGCUCUUUGACCAUAUCGUCCAGUGCAUCGCUGACUUCCUCGAGUACAUGGGCAUGAAGGGCGUGUCCCUGCCCCUGGGCUUCACCUUCUCCUUCCCCUGCCAGCAGAACAGCCUGGACGAGAGCAUCCUCCUCAAGUGGACUAAAGGCUUCAAGGCGUCUGGCUGCGAGGGCGAGGACGUGGUCGGCCUGCUGAAGGAAGCCAUCCACCGGCGAGAGGAGUUUGACCUGGAUGUGGUCGCCGUGGUGAAUGACACAGUCGGGACUAUGAUGACCUGUGGCUAUGAAGACCCUCACUGUGAAGUUGGCCUCAUUGUUGGCACCGGCAGCAAUGCCUGCUACAUGGAGGAGAUGCGGAACGUGGAAUUGGUGGAUGGGGAAGAGGGACGGAUGUGUGUCAACAUGGAGUGGGGAGCCUUUGGGGACAACGGGUGCCUAGAUGACUUCCGCACAGAAUUUGAUGUGGCUGUGGAUGAGCUUUCUCUCAACCCCGGCAAACAGAGGUUUGAGAAAAUGAUCAGCGGCAUGUACUUGGGCGAGAUUGUCCGAAACAUCCUCAUCGAUUUCACCAAGCGUGGGCUGCUCUUCCGUGGUCGCAUCUCAGAGCGACUCAAGACAAGGGGAAUCUUUGAAACCAAGUUCCUGUCUCAGAUUGAGAGCGACUGCCUGGCCCUGCUGCAGGUCCGGGCCAUCCUGCGCCACUUGGGGCUCGAGAGCACCUGUGACGACAGCAUCAUCGUCAAGGAGGUGUGCACCGUCGUGGCGCGGAGGGCAGCCCAGCUCUGCGGCGCUGGCAUGGCCGCCGUGGUGGACAAGAUACGAGAAAACCGUGGGCUGGAUACUCUGAAAGUGACCGUGGGUGUGGACGGCACCCUCUACAAGCUCCACCCUCACUUCGCCAAAGUCAUGCACGCGACGGUGAAGGACCUGGCUCCCAAGUGUGACGUGUCCUUCCUGGAGUCAGAGGACGGCAGUGGGAAGGGAGCAGCUCUCAUCACUGCAGUGGCCUGUCGCAUCCGUGAGGCUGGACAGCGAUAGAGUCCCUGGAGUCAGAAGGGACUUCCUCUGGUUCCCCUCUUCCCUGCUUUAAAUUAUAAGAUGUCAUCUCCUGUGUCAGA